AGGAAAGUGGAUUUGGCACGAUUCAUCCAUCCAUCACCAAAGCUUAUUAUAGGGAAGAAGAAGAAGAAGAAGAAGAAGAAGAGAAUCUGCGAGCGAAGUCUCACUUUGGUUUUAAGAAUUAGGGUUUGGAGGUGAAAGCAGCAAUCAUGAGGGAGGUUGUUGUGCACAUAUACGAUGCGACCAACAGUGGAUCGGAGGAGAUUGAUAAUAGGUUCCAUAAAGACGGGAUCGGUCCUAUAGUCGGCGGCGGCGGCGGCGGCGUAUUCCACAGCGCGAUUCAGGUGUAUGGGGAUGAUGAAUGGUCUUUUGGGUAUUACUGUGAACAAGCAAGUCGUGUUUUCAGCUGUCCUAGUACCAAGAACCCUAUGUACACUUAUCGUGAGAAGAUUAUUCUCGGGAAGACUGAUUGCUCCAUCUUCACGUUUGAUCAGAUACUGCGUGACCUCACCAGGGAAUGGUCUGAAUACACUUAUGAUUCGUUUUCCAAAAACUGCAAUCACUUCUGCGAUGUUCUAUGUGACAGGCUUGGUGUGCCUAAGCUCCCAGGUUGGGUGAAUCGCUUUGCUCAUGCUGGUGACACAGCCUUGGGAGUGGCAGUAGACACAACAAUGCCGGUAAAGGAAGCCAAAGCUGAACUUGUAUCAACUAGUAAAGUGGCGAGUCGCUUGCUCUCGGAUGUUUCAUCGGACGUAACUAAUAGCUCCAGUGGCCCACCACAACGGCCUGGAACCAGCAACAAAUCAGACAAUGGGAAAAUGAAAAUGCAAGGCUCUUGGAAAAUGGUGGCUAAACGUAGUAGGAGUUCGACAAAGCGUGCUAAGAAACAAGUUGCACGUUCUCAGGAUAUCGAAGCAGAAUACAAGAGUGCAACAAGUACAUCAGCCGAAGGAGAUUCUGGAUCAGAAAAGCUUGGUGUUUCUGUUCUAGGCCAGCAUUUCGCAGAAAGAGUAGAGCAUGUUCCGUUAAAGAAACGGAGAUUUAUGGUUCCCUCUCCAUCACCUUUGAAUAGGUCCUUUGCUCGUGAUGAAGACUCACAACUUCGUGCGCAGAUCAAACACUCUCUGCCUGUUUCACGGUUGAAUCCUAAUCUAAUGGGCGGGAAAACAUCAAAAGUCUCUGAUGAUAAACCUGACUGCGGCGGUCAUGACUUCUUUGGUAUUAAGAUACUUGCAGAGGUUGCUUGCAGUAGUGGUAUGAGUAGCGAAAUUACAUCCGCAGUAGACCGUCAGCUUGUUGAACAUGUACGAGAGCAAGAUGCUUUGACCUUUUCUCCUAAUGAUUCAUCAACCGGAACUGUUGAUGUCUCAGGGAAAGAUACUACGAUUGUGUCCAGUGACAAGGGUGGGGAAGGCAAGAGCAAAAUCGUAGUGCCUCAAAAUGCUUUGGUUGAUACUUUGGGUAACGCUUCGGCUGCUGAUCAGAGUGAAUCCUCAACAGAUAGGCCAAGGGAAAAUUUGGAAGCUGGUGAUAGCAGAAAUUUAGCACCUCAGAGUGAGCCGGCUACCGUGUCAGAAAAUGUAUCUGGUGAUGAUCGCACUGGAAAGAGUAAGAAUUCUGAAUGCCUUACAGAUGAUAGGUUACAUUGGGAUUUAAAUCUUCCAACAGAUGCAUGGGGUCAGCCUUGUGAUGUAGUCGAUGAGACAUCCAGAAGAUACUCUGAUGGAGAAGUCACCGAAUCCAUUACUGAGAGCAGACAUGUUGAGGGUAGCAAGGACUACUCGACUGGCCUGAUUGCAUCAGAUGUGUGCAUGAAUUCUCAAUUGUUGUCUGGGCCUAGUGCUGAAGAAUCUGUUCGAAAUGGAAAGGAGUGCCAAUCUGGUUAUGAUUCCCAGUUCGAGGAUGGAGAGUUGAGAGAACCAUACCCUUGGGAAGAAAACGAGGGUGAUAGUGAAGAUGUUGAACAAGUGGAUUAUGGGUCUGAGCCAGAGAAUGAGCGGUUGUACUCUUUGGCUGAGAGUAAUGAGAAUAAGCUAGAGGACAUUAAGAAGGAAAUCCUGGAAGAGACAAAGUGUGGAGCUGUCAAGUGUAAAUCUAGCGAUGUGCAUGAAGGAAACAAUGAUGUAGAGAAGCAUGUCGUGGUUUGCAUGAAUAAUUCACAUUCAAAAGGGUCUUCUCCAUCAAGGAGCUUCAGGUCAAAACAAUUCAGGGAGUCACCUUCACAUGAACCCAUCCGAAGGAGAAGGCCUGAUAGCUACGAAGAGCUUAGUGAGAGAGACGUUGGUCCAAAUAAGUUCGUCGGGAGAGAGAGAACAGAGAUGCGUAUGCAAAACAGGAGUCCUAGGAGAAGACAGUUCAGCGGCUGGGAUUCUAGACGUCGCUUCUCCCCACCUAUAUACAAAGAUGGUGAAUACCGUUUCAGACGUCAAGCCGUUGUGGAGGACCGAGUUAUGUUGAGUGGCUUUGAUCAGCCAGGCCCAAGUCCUGGUUCUCAUGGCUAUGUUCGUAGGCAUUUCUCAAAUGAAGGAUACCAGGGUCGGUUCAGAAGGUUUCCAGAUGGCAAUGGGAAUCGUGAUUUCAGAGACGCAAAUCGUUCCUUCCCUCCCGGUGAGGCGAACGACUAUCCAAGUCGCAUGCACAUCAACCGGAUGAAUGGUAGGAGAGAGAGAAGGAACUCCCCUCCCGUCUUCAGGAGAUUGCACGACCCUCAAUCACGGUCCAGGUCCAGAAGUCGCUCUCCAGUUUCAUGGAACGGGCGGAACAGAUCUCCUCAAGGGUUCCGGGGCGAAGAAAACAGGAUGGAGAGGGUGAGGUUCCCGUUCCAGAAACGGUUUCCUCUCAACCAAGAGACGGGAUUCAUGUUGCAGCAAAGAAACCAGCGAAACUCAAGGUGUUUUGAUGGGAGAAACAAUGAUGGCGGUUGGGAGAAUCAUCAUCAUAAUAACUUGAGGGGAAGAACAGGAAGGAUGUUUAGAUCAGAGCAGAGAUUUGACAACAACAUGAGAAGGGUGAACUCGGAGAACAAUAGUAAUUUCAGACCAUAUGUGCGGCAUAAUAAUAAUAAUAGAAGGUUUGGUGAUGGUGAUGGUGGUGGAAGCCGAGGAGAAGGGUUUAAGUAUGAGGGAGCGGAGGAGAAGAAUGAGAGCAUGUAUGAGAUGGUGCACCGGGCUCAGGUAAUGGAAGAAGAUGGUGGACGGUUAAGAUUAGAUGGAGAACAACUAGGCACUCUUGUUUCCAACGACAAUAAGAAGAAGAACGAGGCGUCAUUAACAAAUAGAAUAUGACACUUUUGGGUUUUGGUUGGUUCUCUUUUUUUUUUUUUUUUCUCAUCUUUUGUGUUUAGCAGUUAAACGACACCAGAGUUUUAGAAAUGCCUGGUGUUGAUUUCUUCUUCUAGUUUAGGGUUUAGAGUUUGGUUCACUCCUGUUUCUAAAGGCUUGUAUCACCAUAAUACGUGUGGGUUUGCUGCCACACACGUAACAUUGUAUUGCAACAAGUUCUUGAAGUAA